AUGUACCGUGCUUGUUGUUGGGGCGGAUUAUUGGGCGCAGCGAACCCACUGAUAUGGCACCGUGGCCUGGCGGUGGAGUUGCUGGAUCAGCCGAAGGAGGUGGACGCGGUGGCCGGCGUCAGGCAACCCGUCUUCAGGCUCUCCCUGCGGCCGCUGCGCUGGCCGGGCGACCUGCUGGCGCUGCGCGCCGCGGGCCCGCGGGCCGGGCCCGAGCGCGUCCCCGGGCAGGAGCCGGGCGUCCUGGCCAGGCUGCUGCGGGGGGACGUCGUGCUUCUCCGCCACGGCAUCGACACCCGCGCCGACGGAUUCGGGCCCCUGGGCGGCGCGGAGCCCCCGCGCGGGAGCUGGCGGCAGUCGCGGCCCAAGGGCGCCAACCGUCUCGGGAUCGAGCGCAUUAUGGGCAGCGCCAGCGCAGAGCGCCGCGGCGCGACCGACAUCAUCGCCCAGGACGAGCGGGAGGUAGAUGGCGGAUCGCUGCGUCGGCGCCGUGCCAUGCCGCGACGGGGCGCCAUGGCCGCGCUCGGAGCUGCUGACGAGCAUGCGGACGUCGCCCAACCCCCGCCUGAAUGUCGGACCUCAGGCAUGCUCGCGGAGUGCAACGCCGACGUCUCCCAGGUCAGCCUCGCGGAGGCCGCGUCGAACCUGGCGGUUGGCGGCCAGUUCACUUGCUGGCAAGGGGCGCCCAGCGCCGCCUCAGCGCUGCCGCGAGCGGCGACAUACUGCAGGAGCCUGCAUGUCCGCGUCACGGGAACGUCUUUUCGAUCCACCGCGGCGGAUCGCCGCGCGGCGUCGGGCGCGGCCAUCGUCGAGGCGGCGCCCAGCUUGGACUGGGCUAUUCUACCGCGGGCGCCAACCAAGCGCAAUUCAGUCGACGCGCGCGCGAUGGACUCGGCCGGCCCGAGGGGCCCGGCGCGCCCAGUGAUCCGCGCCUGCGCCGAUCAGCUUGCCGAGUAG